CAGUGCGCAUGCGCAUGUAUUCUGUGACAGUCUGGAAAGCUAUUGUGUAGCAGCGUGUCGGAUUUCUUCGGAUUUUAUUUUUAUAAAAAAUACUCUUUCGCUUCCGCGCGAGGAGGAUUUAUUCAUCCGAUAGAAUCAUGACAUCACGUGCAGGCCCAAGAGCUGCUGGGACUGAUGGAAGUGACUUCAAGCAUAGAGAGAAAGUGGCUCCUCAUUAUCAGAUGAGUGCUUCAUUAAAGUCUGAGAUCAAGAAGCUGACUAUUGUGCAUCUUGUGCUAUGGUUGCUUAUAGCCUCCCAGGUGACAGUCUCCUACUUUAAGUUGUGCUCCCAUGACGUGGUGGCCAUGCCCUAUCAGUGGGAGUACCCGUACCUCCUCAGCCUGCUGCCCUCGCUGCUGUCAGGCAUGGCCAUGCCCAAGAACAACAUUAGCUAUCUGGUGAUCUCCAUGAUCAGCGCUGGCCUAUUUUCUGUAGCUCCGCUAAUAUUUGGUGCCAUGGAGAUGUUCCCGGUGGCACAGCAGCUGUACCGACAUGGCAAGGCAUACCGAUUUAUCUUUGGCUUCUCCGCGGUGUCAGUGAUGUACCUGCUGAUGGUGAUUGCCAUUCAGGUGCACGCAGGGCAAAUUUACUACAGCAAGAAAUUGCUGGAUGCCUGGUUUGACUCCACACAGGAAAAAAAGAAAAAAUAAAGAGACAGUUGAUGAAGAACUGGUUACAAGUCCUGCAAUUGUAUAUUUACUCACAGUUUUGACAUGCAUGGAAUUAUCAACAAGGAAUAAAUGCAAAUCUAAGAUUAAAUGGACAUACAUACCA